GUAUAUAAGCAUGCGCACAUGACAUUAGGUGAUAUCAAGUUGGAACAACAGUGUUUCGUAAAAGUUCAGUCGGCCUUAUUUUCACAUGUAGACUACUCAGAGCUUUACCUUAAUCACUGCUUCGUUUGGUUAAUUUUUUCGCCAUCUUCAACAUGUUUUUCGGGUUCUGUAGACAUUGGCGGAGUAGGAGAGUUUUCGGGGUGCUGCUACGAACUUUGGUAUGGCUACAACUCUAUGAAGUCAUCAUGGCACAAGCAGACAAAGGAUGCCCAGAGUUUACGUGUAGUCCUCCUCCAUCUUCCUUCUCGACCAGACCGAGAAUCGGUGAAGAGUCAUGCUAUCAAUACGGUACGUUACUCACAGUGGAUUGCCAGAUUGGGUUUGAGCCACGACGGGGACCUGAAAGCGCAUUCAACGUGGUUUGCUAUCGAGACAACACAUGGCAAUGGUCGGAUUCCUGUGUAAUAGAUAUUUUCUCAGUCAUCAUAGCCGGUAUAGUAACAUCCCUUGUGGUCUGCACCUUCUUUGUGGUUAUGUACUGCAUCUUCUGCAGGAGAAAACGUACAGGAAAGGGCAAGGAUGCAAAGAAUGCUCAAGACCAAAUUGUGGAUGGCACAUAGGAAGUUGCACAGAAAUCUUAAUUGCUUCCUUUCCACAUUACAGUGGUUUUCAUUGAUAUUAAAGUGCAAAGGUCACAUCAGCUUGAUCCUUUGACAAUAUAUGUAUUUUAAUAAGCAAUCCGGAAGCUGUUAUAUUUUAUUUUAAUUUGAAUGUAAAACCAGUCUUUUAUGUGGAGCUCCUCAAACCUAAACAAUGGUAUGGUUAUCCAAUCUUAGACUCAAAAUAUAGCUAUGCUUCAUUUUCUUUGCGAAAUAUACCUGUAAAGUUCAAUACGAAUUAUGUAAUUUAAUUGAGGUCUAGUGCUAGUUCCGAUAUAUGUCUUGUUUAACCUACUUUUCGUUUUGUAUUAAUCUCAUGCUGGUGUAAAUUCCAUAUUAACGAACAAAAGUGCGAUGUCAUCCAACGCAGUGAUACAGCGACUUUUUCAUACACGGGAAUUGGUUAUAAUUUAUAAAAAAAGACACAUUGAGAAAAGAAAGUUGCACAAAACAUCUGUCAUGUUCCCAAAUAAUAUUCAAAUCAUGGACCCUUUCGAUAAGCUACUGUUGUCAUAGGUGUACUUGGGUGACCCACACAUUUCUCUGCAAUGUAAUUUAGAGUAUCCAGUAGAAGAAAUUUGUUCCUGUGUUUGUUAUGUAAAAUUUCGAUAUUUUCGAAGAAAACAACAAGCGUUCCUGGGUGUACACAAGCAAAAUCUUGUUCCCACAUUACGGAAGAAAAAUAUUGGAUUAGCACCCUCAUUCAGCUAACAAAUUUUAAACUUUUUCUAAAAAUAUUGUUCCAUAAUUUUUGUUCUAUAAUGGGCGAUAUAACUUUGGAUUGGUCUCUAACGAACAGUCUCAGAUCUCAUUUCGAAGUCGGGAGAUCUCCGACAAAGCUACUAACACUCCUGACAAGGCGAUUGGCAAAACGUGUUCGAAUUUAAACUAAGCCUGUCAAGGUCAGCUUGAUGGAGGUUCGAAUCCAGCUGCGGUAGUAAGUUGUGACCGUUGGCAAGCCACUUCACCCCGCGGCUUGCCUCUCUCCAUCCAGGAGUAUAAAUGGGUACCGGCAUUAGCUGGGAAGUAACCUGUGAUGGACUGGCGUCCAAUCCAGGGGAAUGGAAAUACUCUCAGUCGUUUCAUGCCAAGAAACCGGAUAUAAACACCGGCCUGAUGAGCCAAACUGGCCUCGGACUAGACUUGCUUUGUCAAGCCAUCGUACCGACUAAAAGGUAAUGGAAGGUUCCUGUCAUAAAGCGGUCCAUUUCCAAAUCUGCUGGGCAUUGAGGAGUGGUUCUAUGGUUCUGCUUUCACUUCAGAAGUUGUGAAGUGACUGAUAAUCACAUCACCCUGAAAAGACAAAUGAGUUUUAUGAUCCACGCUUACUCUAUUUCGAUGCUCAUAACAACACAACUUCGAAAAACCCUUCGUAUUAAUGGAAUAUCCUGCCUUUUCAAUCGUGAAUAGACGGUUUUUUAAUGGGAAGUACGACGUGUUUUUGUUAGGAAAUUGUUAUUAUAAUGAUUUAAUGCAGCGACGUGUUUGCUUGGUUGAGGCUGUGGACAAAAUUUAAUAUCAGACACGUCUAUAGCUAUCCUAAGUAAGCCCAUGGAAAAGAGAAAUUAUACACGUCAAAUUAUCAAAUAACAAAACACAUCCAUACACUGCAGCGGCACCACGAGGAAGUGUACAGAUGCAGGUCAUGGCAGAAAGUCGACCCGGGGUUGGGCGAGUAUUCGCCCGGUGGAAUCCGGCGGCGUUUGUUACACUUUACCUUGGACUUUUGUGCAUGGAUUCGGCAAAUUCGCAAUGUCCUGCCGGCAUGUGUGAGCGCCCUCCAUCAACGACAAGCACCCAACCCACGAAAGAUAGCAUGUGCUACAAGUGUGGUGAUUCUUUACUUAUAAACUGCAAUCCGGGAUUUCGGCAGAAUGGGGAUAAUUACAUCGCCAAGUGUGAAAACGAAGUCUGGACACCAGACAACGGUUGCCAAAUAGAUCUCUUCACAAUACUGGUAGCCUCCAGUGCGUCUUUGGUAGCGAUUCUGAUCUUUGCCUUAUUCGUUCUGUGCAUUGUGGAAUACAGAUUCUCUCCAAAGAAGCGUAAACAUCACGAAGUGUCCAAAGCCAACGGGGAAAAGAAGAGACGAGCUCACCAAAACACUGGUUGUGAGGUCGCCAAUGGACAAAAAAUCGGAAAAAAGCCCGUUAAUGACUCUGAGGACUUUGAGGACGAUUUCACUGAUGACGAAGAAACGUACCAUAACACCACUGUUUACGAAAAUCAACAAUUCUAAGUCACGUUUUGAUAAAGCAUACAACUUCGGCUUCUAGAUCAUGCAAUUAUAAAACAAAGAUAAUUUAAAAGUUGAAAUAAUGGUCCUAUUUUGUCUUUUACAUAAAUGAAUUCAUGACAUAAGAGCAAAUACAGUAGGUAUUACUUGUGCUAGAUUAGAAGUCACAGUAUAAAGUGUACGCAUAAGACGACCUUUCCCUUAUUAAUACUGGAAGAGUUGGAUGGGAAUCAUCGCUUUUCUCUCGCCAUAACGCUCUUGACAACAGCCUCACAGCUACGUCGUUAUACUCAAAUUCAUGAAACAAAACUUACAGCAACCAUUAGUAUAAACAACGACACCAUGGGCUUAGAAAUCAAGCAACCGGCUCCAUUUGAGUGAAAAAAAAGAGACAGACUUAGCUAGGCCGAUUUACAUGACAACAAAUUGAGCUGGAAGCUCACGGAACGAUAUAAUAAUGCUUCUGACAAUUCUACAAUAUCACACAUUGUAGCUCAUUGAACUUAGUCUGCGUUGACCUUGGUCCUGACCCAACUUUAAACUCAACACAAAGUGGCAUAUUAUCCCACAUUUUUUCAGUCGUUCUGAACAAACUCCAAAAAUGGCACCAAGCAACUUGUGCGUCAGCUCGAGCCGUAAGCACAGGAAAGCUUAUGAGAGGUUAUUUUGAAGACAGCCUGCGUAUGUCAGUCAUUGGAAACGAGCGAAUUUUGGCUUAGGCAGAAGUAUAUAUUCCUACUACUUGCCCUAGGUUCCUGCAAACGUCUGUGUAUGGUAUAUUACACGGCCAGUCAACAGGUAAACAAACGUGGAAUCAGUAUAAACCAAAGAGCAAGCCUACAUUACAAUCCAUGUAACUAGUGUUUAAUCGGAAAUCAGACACUGGUGAGGCUUACCCCCAUAUAAAGAUACAUGUUUAUUUCAAAUAUGCUCCUGGAGAACUGAAAUAAGAGGAACCCUUUAAUGUCUAUAAUUCAGUUGAAAAUUUAAUAAGUGAAACAUAAUAGUCAAUUACAAGGUAACUGUUUUCAAGAUGUAUUUUUGCGUUGGGGAGAUGUUAAUUUAUGUAACGAGUUUUGCCCUUACCCAGCGUAUAUAUUAAUAAACACUGUUUCCUCAUCAGUGCUUGCCCGAGAGCUUACGAAAAAAGUCACAAGCUUACUUGGGUGAGACUCGAACCCACGACCUCCUGUUUACUAGUGCAGACGUCUGCCUUAUUUUAUAUUGAUUUUUGAAUAUUUUAUUUUUCCCCCUAUGUUUUGUACAGAUUUUUCUAAUUAACACUAGUGAACGGGUAGUCUCUUUCUUUGGCGCAAGAUUACUAUAAGAACGAAAGAAAAUCGGGUACUUUAAGCUCUGUUAUUUGAUUUAAAAUAUGCCCAAGAGUCCAGAUAUGAAAUAAUAUUUCAUAAAAAUUGUUCAGUUUAAGCGCAAAUGGCGUGACUUCAACUUAAACGAGCAGUGUUUCUGCAAACAAGUUUAUUGCCCAUAGACUUUGUACAUGUUUUAAAGCCACUAUUUUGAAACCUUUGCGAUGUUUGAUCGCUAAUAAAGUGAUGGCCAACAAAAACCCGGAUACAAAAAUUAUUGUAAACAAAUGACGUCAUGAUGAUUCAUCAUGUGAUUUAGUAUUGAUUUGUUAACAUUUG